GCAGCGCCGGACACGACGGGCUGAACCUCCCCCGCCGCCCCCCGGUGCCUGGGCCGGGGAUGGGGAACGUGGAGAGCGCGGACGGGGAGGCGCUGCCCCGGGGCCCGGGAACGGCGGCGGCCCCGGGGGGGCCCGGACUGUUCGCCCCGUGCAAGAUGCCGAUGCCGGAGCCCUGCGAGCUGGAGGAGCGCUUCGCCCUGGUGCUGAGCUCCAUGAACCUGCCCCCAGACAAAGCCCGGCUCCUGCGUCAGUACGACAACGAGAAGAAGUGGGACCUCAUCUGUGACCAGGAGCGGUUCCAGGUGAAGAGUCCCCCCCACGCCUACAUCCAGAAGCUGCGCAGCUUCCUGGAGCCAGGUGUCACACGGAAGAAGUUCAGGAGGAGGGUGCAGGAGUCGACCAAGGUGCUGCGUGAGCUGGAGAUCAGCCUGAGGACGAACCACAUCGGGUGGGUGCGGGAGUUCCUCAAUGAUGAGAACAAGGGGCUGGACGUGCUGGUGAACUACCUGUCCUUCGCCCAGUGCGCCGUCAUGUUGGAUUUUGAGGGCCUGGAUGGCGGCGAGGAUGGCGCACUGGAGAAGCUGCGUGCCUGGAGCAGGUCCAUCGAGGAUCUGCAGCACCCCAGCGCCCUGCCCGCCCCCUUCGCCAGCAGCCUGGCCCGCUCUGCCCGCCAGACCGCCCUACGCUAUGGGACACUGCCCAGCCGCAGGGCUCUGAAGAACUCGCGCCUGGUGAGCCAGAAGGAUGAUGUCCACCUCUGCAUCAUGUGUCUUCGGGCCAUCAUGAACUACCAGUACGGCUUCAACCUGGUCAUGUCUCACCCGCAUGCUGUCAAUGAGAUCGCCCUGAGCCUCAACAACAAGAACCCGAGGAUGAAGGCUCUGGUGCUGGAGCUGCUGGCAGCUGUCUGCCUGGUGAGGGGCGGCCACGAGAUCAUCCUCGCUGCCUUUGACAACUUCAAGGAGGUGUGCAAGGAGAAGCACCGCUUUGAGCGGCUGAUGGAAUACUUCCGCAACGAGGACAGCAGCAUCGACUUCAUGGUGGCCUGCAUGCAGUUCAUCAACAUCGUGGUGCACUCGGUGGAGGACAUGAACUUCCGCGUCCAUCUCCAGUAUGAGUUCACCAAACUGGGGCUGGAGGAGUUCCUGCAGAAGUCGAGGCACACGGAGAGCGAGAAGCUGCAGGUGCAGAUCCAGGCGUACCUGGACAAUGUCUUUGACGUGGGGGGGCUGCUGGAGGAUGCCGAGACCAAGAACGUGGCCCUGGAGAAGGUGGAGGAGCUGGAGGAGCACCUGUCCCACCUAACGGAGAAGCUGCUGGACCUGGAGAACGAGAACAUGAUGCGGGUGGCGGAACUGGAGAAGCAGCUGCUGCAGCGAGAGAAGGAGCUGGAGGUGGUCAAGGAGACCUACGAGCACACGAGCCACCAGGUGCACACGCUGCGCAGGAUGAUCAAGGAGAAGGACGAGGCUUUCCGGCGGCACUACGGCUCCGAGCCGCCCCCGCUGCCCAGCGCCGAGCCACCUCCCCCGCCCGAGCCCUUGGAGGAGACCCUGCGGCUCCCGGUCCCGCCCCCGGUGGAGGCUGCGCCCCCCCCGCCCCCACCGCCUCCCCCGCUGCCGCCCCCCGCGCCCCCGCUCCCAGGGAAGUGCCCCCCGGCCCCGCCGCUGCCCGGGGCUUCACCCUCCAUCGCCCUCACCGUCGGGCUCUCAGCCAUCCGGAUCAAGAAGCCCAUCAAGACCAAAUUCCGGUUGCCUGUGUUCAACUGGACGGUGCUGAAGCCCAGCCAGAUCAGCGGGACGGUGUUCAGCGAGCUGGACGACGAGCGUGUGCUGGAGGACCUGGAUCUGGAGCGCUUCGAGGAGCUGUUCAAGACCAAGGCGCAGGGCCCGGCGCUGGACCUGGUGUGUGCCAAGAGCAAGGCAGCGCAGAAAGUGGCCACCAAGGUGACCCUGCUGGAGGCCAACCGUGCCAAGAACUUGGCCAUCACCCUGCGCAAGGCCGGGCGCAGCGCCGACGAGAUCUGCCGGGCCAUCCACACGUUUGACCUGGCAACGCUGCCGGUGGACUUUGUGGAGUGCCUGAUGCGGUUCCUGCCCACGGAGGCGGAGGCGAAGGCGCUGCGGCAGUACGAGCGCGAGCGGAAGCCGCUGGAGGAGCUGGCGGACGAGGACCGGUUCAUGCUGCAGUUCAGCAAGGUGGAGCGGCUGCCGCAGCGCAUGGCCAUCAUGGCCUUCCUCGGCAACUUCGCCGAGAACAUCCAGAUGCUGACGCCGCAGCUCAACGCCAUCAUCGCAGCCUCGGCCUCUGUCAAGUCGUCCCAGAAGCUGAAGCACAUGUUGGAGAUCAUCUUGGCACUGGGCAACUACAUGAACAGCAGCAAACGCGGUGCAGUCUACGGCUUCAAAUUGCAGAGCCUGGACCUGCUCCUGGACACCAAGUCGACAGACAGGAAGAUGACACUGCUGCACUUCAUCGCGCUGACAGUGCGGGAGAAGUACCCAGAGCUGGCGACCUUCUGGCAGGAGCUGCACUUUGUGGAGAAGGCUGCAGCAGUGUCCCUGGAGAACGUGUUGCUGGACGUGAAGGAGCUGGGCCGGGGGAUGGAGCUGCUGCGGCGGGAGUGUGGGCAGCACGAGAGCGCGGUGCUGCGCGGCUUCCUGGGCGGCAGCGAGGGGCAGCUCGAGCGGCUGCAGCGCGACGCGCGCACGGCCGAGGACGCCUACAACACUGUGGUGAGGUAUUUUGGCGAAAGCCCCAAGACGACCCCCCCGUCCGUCUUCUUCCCAGUCUUUGUGCGGUUCAUCCACUCUUACAAGGACGCGGAGCAGGAAAACGAGACACGGAAGAAGCAGGAGGAGGUGAUGCGAGAGAAGCUGCUGGCACAGGAGGCUAAAAAGCAGGAGAAGCGGAACAAGUGGCAGCAGCAGGAGCUGAUCGCGGAGCUGCGGCGGCGCCAGGCCAAGGACCACCGGCCCAUGUACGAGGGCAAGGAUGGCACCAUCGAGGACAUCAUCACCGCGCUGAAGAGCGUCCCCUUCACUGCCCGCACGGCCAAGCGGGGCUCCCGCUUCUUCUGCGACCCGUCCCACCACGACGAGUCCAGCUGUUAAGACCCCAGCCCGAAGGUGGAUCCGCCUGUAGCCGAGCAAGGCUGAGGAGCCUGACCAGGGGGCAGGGGAGGACUGGGGUUGCCUCAGUUUCCCCUCCUCACCCCCCUCUGCCCCCCAAGUGCCCAGAGAGGCUCCGUCCUGCCCUGACACCAUGAGGGGACAGGGCCAAAAUGUCCUCGUGCCACCAUCCUCACGGGUGACAUCCCUGUGCCUGGGGAGACCCUGCACCCAGACCACCCCCUGCCCACCCAAGGCAGAGGCCAAAUCCAACUGUGGUGGAGCCCCAGCAUCAGGAGCUGACCCGUGGGGUGCCCCCUCCCCAUCGGGGUCCCCUUGUCCCCGGGGGGCUCACUGCCUCAGAGCCCCCACCCCCACUACAGGGACCACGGGGACCCCCCCACCCAGCGCUCGACACUUUGACCACUGAUGUGAACACUAAAUGCCAAAAAAAAGGGACCAAAGCCAGGCUGGGGGGUGCCGGGAGAGGGGCAGGAUGGUGCCCCCCACCCCAGGACCCCCCUGGCCCUCCCCCCACAGUGACUUUUUGUACAUGUGAAAUAUAUGGAGUCUUUUACACGGCCA